CCAUGUAGUUUUGUAUCCACUCUUUGUUCAAAUGGCAUGUUCGUUUACAAGCUUUUUAUUCCCUGUCUAAACGUAAACAUUUCCCAAGACGAGGUGUUAAAGUGUUUCGAAAACACGGGAAAUGAACAACAUCCUUUGCAUUGUGCGCAGGCGCAAUCAUACAGUUAGGAACUUUUUUGAGUUAUGAUGUUAUGAUGAUUGCGUUAUUUGUUUACGUUUCGUUUUCUCGUGACGUCAUGGCACGGCUUUCAAUAUGGCGGAAGACAGAUUUUGGAGUAGAUAUGGUCAAUUGAUCAAAGCAAUAAUCUAACUGUGUUGUCCUUUCAACGAAAAAAAAUAAAUUAUUAUGCAGCCACCGCCACAGAGAAAGGGUAAACUUGUACAAGUUCUACGCCAUGUACAAACCGAACAAUUCUCAAAAUUGCAACAGCGAUACCAAUUACAAAUUGAUUUACUAGAAGAUGUCAGGUCGUACAUGAACAAAAAGUCAAAUAUUGAACGUGAAUACGCUCAGGCUUUGCAAAGGCUGAAUUCGCAAUACAUUCAAAAAAGGGAUUACUCCAUUGCUGAUGAAUCUAAUCAAAGUCAUAGGUCUCCAUUAAAAGUAUGGAAGAGUUAUUUAGAUCAAGCGGAAGAGAUGUCAAAGCAACGAAUUAUAGUUGCGGAAAAAACCCAAUCAGACAUCGUAGAGAAAAUAAAAUCUGUUAAAUCAAAUAAAAUGGCAACUUUCAAAAAGUGUCAGGAACUAUUUCAACGAAUUUACGAAGAAUUAAACUUGUCUUUCAGAGAAAUGUCAAAGUGUAGAAAAUCAUAUAUGGAGUUGCAAAAACUUGCUGAGAUUGCACAAAAAGAAACAGCAGAUGCCCAGGACAAAUUAAAGAAAGGUGAAACAUUUUUCAAAUCAAAGGCCACCCUGGAGAAGAAUUUUUCCAAGGCCUCUGAGCGAAGAGAUGUGUGCGUACGGCAAUCCAAUGCAGGUCGCAAUGCGUACCUUCUAGAAAUUGCUGCACUUAACGGACACAUGAAAAGAUUUCGUGAUGUUGAUCUUGUAGGAAUUGUCAAGGAUAUCGACGGUGAUUUUUACGAGCAGAUGAAAGAGUAUCACACGACAGCAAGUGUUAUGGAGGUUGAAGCAGCAUUAUAUUCACAAGAUAGCUUCAACAAAAUCACAUCCGAGGCUUCCAUGAUCGGACGCGAUGGCAGUGUUCGAUACUUUAUCGACACAAAUACCAUAUUUCAAGGCCACGUUACCUACAAUUUUGAACCCUAUGGUGAAGAUAAGGUAAAAACAAUCGUAACUGAUGGAACAAUGUCCCUUGCUGUUGAUAAAGAAGCGCGGAAACUUGCAUCGAAAUACGUACGCGAGCAGAGAGCGUUGAAAUAUUACUUUGCAAAACUCAGUUCCAUUGGGUCAAGUCAGGUUGAGGAAGCGUCUUCUUCAGGAGACACGCAAAAUCCUGAAUCAACAGUGCCAGGGUUACAGGAAGCUUUACGUAAGGUCGAGACUGCCAUUGAAAGAAUCGAAGCUUCUUUAACUCUUCUGCGGAAUUCUGGCGUUAAGGUUGAUGAAUGGAUAAGAAGUGCUGAAGCUCAACUCCCUCCCGAACAAACAGUGAACGCUCGUCGUCAACCGUCCACGACUGUAAAGCCAGACGCAGGAGAGUAUGUCGACGUGUAUGAAGCUUCUGCGGGAAUGAACACUAGUGACGAUUAUUGGGACGAGUUUGAAGAUACGAUUAACGAAAAAGAUGUGGAUGAAUGUAGUGUUGCAUCGGGACAGGUGUUUAGUAUUCCAUUGACAGCUAUUGUGCUGUAUGAUUACGUUGCCACAUCAACUGACGAAUUGACGAUUACCGAGAAUGAAGAAGUUGAAGUGCUCGAGAAGGACGGAGAAGGCUGGUGUAAGGGUCGAAAUAAAGGUGGACAGGUUGGGUAUAUUCCUGAAUCGUAUGUUCAAAUAAGUGUGCCGUCCACCAUUUCUGGAGGGAAUUCAGUUCCAGAUAAUUUAUCUCAAGAUUUACAAGAUACUGUGCAGAACGAAAAUCAGCCGAUUUGCACCGCCCGAGCGCUCUUCGACUACGCCGGUCAAAAUGAUGAAGAGUUGACGUUUGAUGAAGGAGCAAUUAUAAAUAUUUUACGAAAAGACGAUGGAGAAGUGGAUGAUGGCUGGUGGAAAGGUGAACUGAACGGUCAUAUCGGCGUGUUUCCUUCUCUAUUGGUCGAGGAAAUGGACCAAUCACUUGAGACUGGGGAUGCUUCACAGCAAUAUUAUGCAGUCCCAUCUCAUGUAUACACCGAAGAUGACAGAACACGAAAGCUUUAUGGGACGCUACCACGCAACAACGCUACUGAAACGGGAUCAUCUGAACAACACGUUUACAAUAGUUUAGAUUUGAGCGUGAGACGCGUGCCACCUACGAGGCCAAAUUUACCGCAAAAUUUUCUACAAAACUCUAAGGAGAGCAGCAAUUACAAUCGAAACGAGUAUGUGUGAACUCGUAGUAUGUUGGUGAAUAGUGUGUGGUGUAUAAGUUUGCUAAGUUCAAAGUUAUCCUAUUGCCAUGUACGAAAACUUGCAAAGGGAUAGUCUAUAUCACUAAGUGACCUUAUUUCACGAAUGGCGAAUCAUUGAGUAAAUUUGAUGUAUUUAAAAUUUAUACCGUUUGAAAAUAUUUUUCAGUAAAAUGACGAUGAGUGCGAAGAUAGAUAUUUUUAUGAGAAUCUGCCAGUAGUCAUUGUCAAUCAAAACAAAA